AUGGAAGAGCUUCCAAAGAAGUUCAUCAUACCACAUAUCAAACCUUAUGAUGGUAUCACUGACCCAGAAGAUCAUGUGGAUCAAUACAAUCAGCGAUUGACUUUGUGGUAUCUUAAUCUUCCAGAAGGGCAAAUUACUUCAUUCACACAGUUGGCCGACGCAUUCGUUGAACAGUUUGCAAGCAGUAGGAAGAUAAUUCCAACAUCUGACGAUCUGUAUCGGUUGCAACAAAAACAAGGAGAAUCUCUGCGGUCAUUCUUAACAAGAUUCAAUAAAGAGAAACUGGAAAUUCCUGGGUGCUUAGACGAGAUUACAAUUAAUGCAUUCCGCAUGGCUCUUCUUCCUGGAAGCAAAUUGUACGGAAAGCUUACUCGUUAUCCAUGUAAGUCAUUUCAAGAAGUGCAGACGAAGAAAUCUGAACAAAAGCAAAUAAGUUCAGAAGCUCCACGUUAUCCUCGCAGAGAUCCCAAGCCGAUUGAUUUCAAGAAAAAGCCCAGAUCUCCUGAAUACAAUUUGGUGAUUCCACCAAAUGAAGUCUUGUCAGUGUUAAAGAAAAUGGGAGAUGCUGUUCGAUGGCCUGACAAAGUUCGUAAACCGUUAGAUCAACGGGAUACUUCCAAAUGGUGUGAAUUUCACAACGACUAUGGGCAUACAACAGAUGAUUGUUUUACCCUCAAAAAAGAAGUAACCCAGUUGUUAAAGAAAUGUUAUCUUCGGGAUUUACUAUCUGAAAGAGGGAAAGCAAUGAUGACCCAAGCGGAAAGAUGA